AUGGCCUUAACUUUCGAUCAAAAAAAGUAUCAACUUAGCCUUAAAGAUCGAUUCGAGAUUAUCGUUGACGAUCUUAAAGAAAGGAAAAAGUUAAAAAUUUUAGAAUUGAUCUGUGUAACACCGUUAUUUUUGUUAGGCCUUAUCGCUGAUAUAAUGCUUUUAGUUGAUAUUGACAGAAGAUCAAGUUAUCUUGAAACGAUCAUCAAGAACGAAGGAUUAGUUGUUAAUACGUCAGGAUUCGAUUUGAAUACAACCACUGUUAGCAGUAAUUGUUCAUCUAUUUACAAUGUUGGAAAUUUGAGUAAUGAUUAUCUGGAUAAACGGAGGGCGUACUGCUUUUUUUUCUUUUUAUAUUUAGUUAUCGUUUUGUCAUUUUGUACUUGUUUCUAUAUUUUAAUUCAUUAUCCUGAGGCAAUGAAGGAAUAUUAUUCGUUUAAAGUUGUCGCAAAACUUUCAAAAUUUUUUAUAUUUCUAUGGAAUGCAGUGCCACAAGCCUGCUUAGUAGUAAUUUUGUAUAACCUAGAUAAUAAAAAUGACGGUAUAAAUUGUUUAUAUGGCACCAUUACACCGGAAGCCACAGCUACUAGUAUGCCUGUAGUGGUAAGACCUUUUCACUCAAGCGUUCAAGAUCUAAAGUUGGUAUAUGUAUUGCUUUGUGCGUUCUACAUGAUGGCAGUUGGCAUUUAUCAUGGUUACUUUGUAGCAAAGCCAAUCAGGGAUGAUAUUUGUGGAGGUGAUAGCAUUUGGCGUUCUUAUACUGCCUGUUCAAGAAUCAUAUGGUACCUAACUGUUGCCGUUGUAACUGCUAUAUUCUCAUUUCCUAUCGCAAUAACAGCCAAGGAAAAUCCUGUUACUCAGUUAACUGGAUCAGUUUUAACGUACUUCUUAAUAUUCUUACUAUGUUUAUUUGCACUAAGUCUUACUUUCGUAUCUGUAACACUUGAUUUGUAUGAAAACUAUUUACAAGAAUAUGUUCCAUUUACUGAAAAGUUAACUAGUCCCAUAUUUUAUUACAUUAUUAAUCUCUUUCUAUCGUGUAUUAUUACGCCAUUGGGCUUCUUUGUAAUCAAUCUUGCGGAGUUUAUUCUAAUAUUUGCAUCUUUUUAUAUUUACUACCGAACUAUAAAGAAAGGUAGUAAAUUAAUAUCAAAUUCAUAUAAAUUCGGCCAAGAUCCUCCGCCAAAAUUGGAUACUGACGGCAUUACUUAUAGAAAAGAUCCCAUCGUGGAUAAUAACAACUAUAUUUAUCGUCCCAAUGAUCAGUUAAACAGCAACACUCUAAAUGGUACGCACAUUCUAGCUAUGAAAGAUGAAGAACUCAAUCGAAAAAUUCAAUUUGCACAUGGCGAUAACGCUACAAUUGACGAAAAUGGCAAAACUCUAACUAUUAGAGCACCUUAUUAUAACGUUAUAUAUUCAGUUGAUGAAAGAUUAGUGUAA